AUGAAUGGUAUUUCAGCGAACUCGUCGUCAUCUUUACACUGGAGCGCGGACAUGGCCGAGCAGGCUUCGCUGUCACUUCAGAUGUAUCUACCAUUUGAGAGUACAAACGCUAUGUUGGAUGUAUUGAAUAAUACCUCUGUUCGUGUGAACACACUAGAACCAAUUGAUUCACUAGGAAGUGGUGUCAACGACUUGAGGACGAUGCGGAGUCCAUCAAAGAAUGUGCCACGUUCGUCGUCGUUCCAUGCCGGUUCGCCCUCUACGAGUCCACGAAAUGAGCAACUCUCGCGACUUCUUCGAACAUUCGAACGGGAAAAAAUCCGUGACCGUGAAGCGGCCGAUAGCCAUAUGGCUAGGCUCAAGGCGCGUAUCCACGACCUGGAGCGAAUCAACGAUCAACAACAGAUGACUGAGAGGGAGAUACGCGACCGCCUACAAGAACUUCAACGCCGUAACGAGACAUUGGUCAGAAUUUCAUUGCAGAAUGUCGAGUUGAAGAAAUGCGAGAGAGAAAAAGAGCAGCUGAAUCAAACUGUUGUCGAACUGCAGGCUCUGACAGAUCGUUUGACGUUAGAAAAUCUCCGAAAUGAACAUCAAGCGAAAGAUCAGAAGGAGCUGGCCGAACACCGAAAGAAACAGUACGAUCAGCAAAUAUCCGCUCUAGAAGAGUCGAUUCGAGCGCUGACUGAACGAUGUAACGCGUUAGCGGCAGACAUCAAGGAGAAGGACAAGCAGCUGCGCGAGAAAACCAAAAGGAUACAAGAAAUCGAAGAUCGAAACUCUCAAUUGCAACCGGAAGCGUUGCUGGAAAAGAUAAUGAACGAAUAUCAGCUAAGACGAAAAGAAGAAGAAAAGCGAAAGGAAGCUAAUGAGAUUUUCAAUAGAAAAAUCACAAAAUAUCACGAACAGUUGUUAGCGUCAUUUCCUCGUCUGGAGGAACAACGCCGACGUCUUGAAACAGAAAAAGAACAGGCUGUAGAGGAAAGCGAGCAGUUACGUAGAGAGAUCUCACGGCUCAGGGAGAAAACCUGCGCCGAAUGCUGCAUAUGUCUAGCCACUAAGCCAUGCGUACUGUUUCUGCCAUGUCGUCAUAUGGUCAUCUGUGAUAACUGCCAUGCUGAAUCGACGAUUACAGAAUGCCCAACAUGUCGUACACGAGUCGUAUCUAUCACCGUCAGCAUGUCAUCGUUUCCUUCAACGGCUUAUUCAACUGCUCAGUCAAAAUGGAUAGGAAAAGACCACAUCGUUGCUCCGACCAUAGCUCAUGCUCUCCAGAAUUGGGAACUUAUUAAAGGGAAAAAAGUAUUCGAUGUUGGUUGUGGAACUGAAGUAUUCGGUAUGGACAAUUCAGAAGAAAUGAUCAAAAUAGCUCGUAGCAAGUACGGAGACGUCAAAGGCCUACGAUUCGAACACGGAUCCAUAGCCGAAACGGCAGUUAGUGAUUUCGAUGUAGCUGUGGCCUUUUUUGUGUUGCAAUUCAUGAAGGAUGAGGAUGAACUCACCAAAGCAAUUCAAAAUAUCUCGAAAAGCUUGACCAACGAUGGUGUAUUCGUAAUUCUUAUUCCUAAUGGUGUGAAGGAUUUCAAUCCAAAACGAGAAGAAGGGAUCAAAUUCGGAGCUGCUAUCAAUUUGGAUCCACAUACAGAACUCCGUGAUGGCCUAAGACUUUACGUGGAAUUUUUCGACAAGGAAGAAGUCGUUGGGAAAUCUCAGGUGACAUUCUUCUUCAAUGAAACCUACGAACGAAUUCUGAAAAGUGCAGGGUUCCAAAGGGUUGAAUUUCUACAACCGGUCAUCUCGGAAGAAGGUCUCAAACUAUACGGGAAAGAAUUCUUCCAUUCAUUUCUCAAUCCGCCGAAGGACAUCAUCAUUAGAGCUUUCAAACGAUGA